UUACCUUCUGUUUGGCUGCCAUAUGGUUGUUUUGCUCAGUUGAAUUACUUAUAUUUCUUCUGUACUUUAUAGACCCUUUCUCAGGAGCCAAACAGAGGAAUUAUGGUUUUCCUUGUAGCUAUUUUAUAUUUGAAAUUUCAAAGGCCUAUUUAUCUCAACUAGUUGAAGUCGCUAAGUUAUGCAUUCCUCGGGCUCGAAUUUCGAAAGCUUAUAUAGUGUGCCUUAUUUAGACAUUGGAUUUUUAUUUGUCUUAAUGUAGUUUUGGUUUUUAUUUUUCAAGUUUGUUACUAUAACGCUAUUGGAAGAUUAUAAUUGGGUUGAUGUGAAUUCUUUUACCCCUAAAGUUUCCAUGAAAUAAGUUUGUGGAGGUCAAUAUCCAAGUUGCUGGUACAUGAAUUUGUUUGUUUAGAUUUCCCCAUUGACAAAGCUCUGAAUUUAUAAGUUGCAGUUUAUUUAUGUGUAUAUGUUUCUUUAGAUUGGCGUCUGUUGUUAAAUUGAUAUUCGUUUGCUUUCUUUCCUCUCCCACCCCUCUCUUCCCCCCUUUUCUGGUUUAAAGGCUUAUUCGAGGAGUUUUUUUUACUAAUGAAUAGGCAACGAUGGGAAUAGUUUAGAUACUCAAAGAGGAGUGGCACGGUGGAAAUAGCUGGAGGGUGAGGAUAUAGACUGUGGUUGUCUGAUCUUCAAUUUCUAGGUCCCGGAAGCAACUUACUUUCUAUGGUUGUGAUGGAAGAUCUGGCAUAGAGGUCAAUAUAAUGUCUUUGGAGCUCAUACCUAUAGGGACCAUCUUGACUGUGCUAACGAAUCAGGUCUUUAAAACAGCUCAAGCGGCAAAGGAUGUUCUUUUCGAAAAGGAGAGUUUCAAGGUCCUAUCAAAGCACUUGUUUGAAAUUGAACCAGUCUUAAAGGAAUUGCAGAGUCAAGAAUUAAAUGAUUCUCAAGCUGCGAGGCUCGCCCUGGAGUCUCUUGAAGCAGAUGUUAAAAAGGCUAAUAAUUUGGUUGAGAAGUAUAAAAAUUGUGCCCGAUUCUACUUACUGAUCAGGUGUCGGUACAUUGUCAAGGAGGUACAAGAAGUCACAAGGGAUAUUGGAAAGUCUUUGGCUGCACUGUCGCUUGCAAAUACUGAAGUUCUUUCACGGAUAUCAGAUCAGGUGCUUAGGUUACAGAAUGAGAUGCAGAGAGUGGAACUUGAGGCUUCGCAUUCUCAGCUCCAAAUUGUUGACAAAUUAAACCAAGGUAUUAGAGACCAGAAACUUGACCAGGGUUUUGCAAAUGACAUGCUUGAAGAAAUUGCGAGGGCAGUUGGGGUGCCCGUGGAGCCCUCUGAGAUAAGCAAAGAGCUAGCAAGCUUCAGAAGGGAAAAAGAAGAAGCUGCCAACAGGAAAGAAAGAGCCGAAGUUUUUUUUUUGGAGCAGGUUAUUGAGCUCCUCUCUCGAGCUGAUGCUGCAAGGGACUAUGAAGAGGUCAAGAAGCAGUAUCUCCAAAGAGUUCAGGUCAUAGAACAAUAUGAUGAUAGGGAAGAAUAUAUCCCACCACUUAAUUCUUUUCUUUGUUGUAUCUGUAAAUCUGUGAUGACUGAUCCUGUCAGCCUUUGCACUGGUACAACAUGUGAGCGAGAUGCCAUCAUAUCUUGGUUAGACAGUGGCAAGAGAACGGAUCCUGAAACAGGUGAGGUUCUCGAAGAUAUUUCUCUAAGGUCUAACCUUCCACUGAGACAAUCAAUAGAAGAGUGGCGAGAACUUAAUUACUGCCUCAAUAUACGAUCUUCCAUGGCAAAGCUGUUGUCAGGUGUCGACUCAUCUGUGGAAGAGGCACUGAGUCAGAUGCAAUAUCUUGUGAGAGAAAGUUCUAUUAACAAGGACUGGGUUUCCAUUGGAGGGCUUACUGAUUUUGUAAUCUCUAUCCUCGGAAGCUCCCACAACAGAGAUGUGAAGAGAAAGAUUUUGAUUACCUUGAAAGAUAUUGUAGAAGGGCAUGCAAGAAACAAGGAGAAAGUGUUCAAUUCCCGGGGAUGGGAUCACAUUAUUCCUUGCUUAGGGCGUGAUUCAAGCAUCUCGAAGGCCGCAGUUGAAUUGCUUUAUGAGUUGUUGCAAGAGAGAUCUAGCUGGAACGUGUCUGUCUGCAGGAAACUCUCUCAGCAAUGCAGUGCAAUUAUUUUUCUUGUCACCCUGUUAAAGGGUUUUCAGAGGGAGUCAGCACAGACUGCCGAAAAAAUCUUGAUGAAGUUAUUUGAGAUAGAUGAGGAGAAUAUUUCUCGUGCUGCCAAAGCUGGCUGGUAUAAACCACUUAUUGAACGCAUAGUUCAAGGGCCCCCGUCUUCGAGGAAGUCAAUGGUAAGAACAAUUGUUAAUACAGAAUUGACUGAUUUGAAUCUGAAGCUCCUUGGCGCGGAAGGGGUUAUACCUCCUUUGCUUGAGAUGACAUCUGGGAAUAUUGAGUCAAAAGAAUUAUCCUUAUCAGCCCUGGUUAAACUAUCAUGUUGCGAUGCCAAUAAAGAGCUCAUUGCUGGUGGUGGUGGAGUUUCACUCGUUUUGAAACUAAUGUUUGCUCCGAAUGUGCACACAGUUAUUGUUGUGAAAUGCUCUGAAAUCCUUGAGAAACUUGCUUCUGAAGAUGAUGGCAUUAAAUUCUUUGUCAAUGAAGGAGGGGCACAACUUGAGUUAGAGCCUAUCAUCACUAAUUUGUUAGCUUUGCAGCAGAAAGCUAACUCGGCCCAUAAUUUCCGAAGGCCAGCCUUGCGUACCCUGCUAGGAAUUUGCAAGUUUGAAGCAGGGUUGGUUAAGAAAGCGGUUCUCACUGCCAAUGGUGUGUCCCUAGUGCUUCCGCUUCUUGAUGACUCCGACUCUGAAAUUAGGGAGAUUGCUAUCAAUUUACUCUUCCUUUUCUCUCAGCAUGAGCCACAAGGAGUUGUGGAGUACCUUCUCAAGCCAAGGAGGCUAGAGGCCUUGGUGGGGUUUCUGGAGAAUGAGGAUAAGGGUGAUGUACAGAUGGCUGCUGCCGGUUUAUUAGCAAACCUACCAAAAUCAGAAGGACCACUCACCAUGAAGUUAAUUGAAUUGGAUGGAAUUGAUGCUAUUCUAAAAAUUCUACGAACUGGGACUAUUGAAGCAAAAGAAAAUGCUCUGAGUGCCCUCUUCAGAUUCUCAGAUCCCACAAAUAUUAAGUCGCAGCGUAUUUUGGUUGAAAGAGGAGCAUACCCUUUGCUUGUAAACUUUCUCAGGGCUGGUUCUGUAACAGCAAAGGCAAGAGCAGCAGCACUCAUCGGUACUCUUUCCAAGAGCAGUCCAAAGCUCACUGUUGUCAAAUCAAGUACUUGCUGGUGCUUCCAGCCAUCAGGUAAUCCUUUAUGCUCAGCACAUGGUGGUAUCUGUAGUGUGACCGAUACAUUCUGUCUGUUGGAGGCAAAGGCUUUGCCUGACUUGGUAAAGCUCUUAAGUGAAGAGGUUCAUGCAACUGCUUUUGAAGCAAUCCAGACACUUUCUACUUUGAUUCUGGACGGCUCUCCUCAGAGAGGGGCCAAUGUCUUACAUAAGGCUGCUGCCAUAAAACCUAUAUUAGAGACUUUGACGUGGGGAACGAAUUCUCUAAAGGAGGAGGCUUUGGGACUCUUGGAGAAAGUUUUUGUGCAAAAGGAAAUGGUGGAAUGCUAUGGAUCAACAGCUAGAGUACUUCUUGUUGGUCUAACUGGAAGGAAUGUUUAUGAGGAUGGCCAUCUGGGUAGGAAGGCUGCUAAAGUCUUGGCCCUCCUGGAACGCUAUUCAAGAUCAUCAACAUCUUUGAUUCCGGGACUAUAUGGGUGAAAUUUUAGCUACUGGGUUAAUUUAGAGUUUGCUUCUUUUUUGUGUUUCACCAUUCGCUUUUCUGAGUAAUUGGGAAGUCAGUAAUUAAGUCUCACUCCCAGGGCUUCAUUGUUUUAUUCGGUUCAUUUAUGGGGCCCCGAACUUUUAUCUAGUCAUGUUAUAUAUAACUCCCCACCAUUUGUAAAGAGGAAUAUUGGUUUCUAAUCUGUACUCUUAACAUACGUGAUUAUGUAUUCAGAUACUUGAAUAAUCUCCAGCCAAAGCCCUUCAGAAGAUUGUUAUGAACAUGUAGAUUAUACCAUGUGUUCGAUAAUCUACAUAUGAUUCUUUUGUGGUUUUA